CAGAUAAACCGGAGUGGAUCGAACGCAGCCCACGGUUCUGCGGUCUAUCCUUUAAUCGAAGUGUGGGCUUCGGAUGCGCGCAGGCAAGACGGCCUUCUCGUGCUUUGAUGCGAAGCCAAAUCCCACGCACCGAAAUCGUCCUCUCCCUCCGCCGUGGCUUUCGCACCCAAACCCACACCGCCGCCAAAAUACUCCAUGCUCACCUGUUGCGGACCCACCGCCUCCCCCACUCCGACGUCCACCCUAAACUCCUCCUCCUCCUCCGUGACCCCCGCGACGUCUCCCGGUGGAAUUCCCUACUCGCCACCCUCGCCCGCCACGGCUCCCACUCCCUGGUGCUGCGUAACUUCGCCCUCGUGAACAGGCUCGGCCUCCCUUCCGAUUCGUACUCCUUUUGCACCGUUCUCACCGUCGCCUCCUCUCUGAAAGCCGCAGGCCUCGGCCGGCAGAUCCAUGCAUGCGCUUUGAGGUCGGGCUGGAUCUGUAGCAUCUUCGUCUGCGGUGCCCUGAUCGACUGCUACGCCAGAUCACUUGCCGUCGAAGAUGCCUCCCAGUUGUUCGAUGAAAUGGCUGUUAGGAACACGGUUUGUGUCAACUCGCUGCUUGGUGGAUAUGUAGAAAGCCGGCUUUGGACGGAGGGCUUGCAUCUCUUCCGAAGAAUGCGUGAGCUCAAAUUGGAGCCCGACGGGUUCACGCUUUCUGCGAUUUUGAGGAUUUGCGCUGAGGCACCAGCCAUUUCGUUGGGCUUGCAAGUGCAUGCUCAUCUUUUACGCAGGAUCAGCAUCAUCAAUGAGGAUGUAUUCACAUUGAGUUCUUUGCUGGAGAUGUAUGGAAAAUGUGGCCUCGUGGAUACUGCUCGCUUGGUGUUUGAAUUGGCUGGGCAGGCAAAGAGGAGGGAUGUUGUGUUAUGGACAUCCAUGCUCAAUGCAUAUGGCCGGAAUGGGCAGUUUGCUGAGGUGGUAUUAACAUAUGAAAUCAUGCUGACAGAAGGGAUAAAACCAGAUGAGAUUGCUCUGCUGGCUGUUAUCUCAGCUUGUAAUCACUCAGGUGAUGUGAUCAAGGGGCUCCAUUACUUUGAAUCAAUGUAUCGGGUUCACAAUCUGGUUCCCGGACCAGAGCAUUAUGGCUGUGUGGUCGACAUGCUUUGCAGAGUAGGGAAUUUGAAGAUGGCAUGGAAGUUUACCAAUGAGAUGAUACUUGAAACAGAGGGUGAUGGUGAUAGUAAUAUGGGUGUUAGUGUUUGGGGUGCUUUGCUUAGUGCUUGUCGGGAUUCCGGUAAUGUUGAGAUAGGGAACUUUGCUGCUAAAAGGGCUCUUGAGUUGGAUCCAAACAAUUCAGGGGUUUAUGUCGAAUGGUCUAACUUGUGUGCUCGUGUUGGUUUGUGGAAUGAGAUUGGUGAACUUAGACAGUUAAUGAAGGUGAAGGGAUUGAGGAAAGAUACAGGAUGCAGUAGGUUGGAGUUCUUGAACAGAUGAGCUGAUGAAACAAAGUUCAAACUUGUUUCUGGUACAUGUUAAAAUCGAAAAAAUAGUAAAUAACAGGAUGAGUUGCAUGAACCAAUCAACUCAGCGGCAACAUUGAGAACAUUAGUAUCUUUAAGUUGAUUAUAUGGAAGUGAGGUCCUGAUGAUAGUUGGAUGGUUACUACCAAAAGAAAAGAUGCAGAUAUGGAAGAGAAAUCCAGUAAUUUUUCUCUGUUUGUUCUUCUGCAUGGGGUUAGUUUCCCCUUAAGAAAAAAUACAAGGUUAUUCUGGUGUACAACAUAAGAAGCCCUUGGA